CACAACCGGUCUGUUUUUGGGGCGGCCGGGCUGGGGCCCCGGGAAUCCGCAGUCUGCAGCCCCGUCAGAUCCUCCAAGGGACAAUCGGGGACCCCUUCCCAAGUGGGGAGACCAGCGACCCGCCUCCCGAGAGCCCCUCUGAAGAUGACUCAAGAUGGGCCUUUGCUGGCGGUGCAGGAGGCCCUGAAGAAGUGCUUUCCGGUGGUGGAGCAGCAGCAGGGCCUGUGGCAGAGCACCCUGCGGGACUGCCCGCCCCUCCUGGCCUCCCUCAGCAACCUGGCCGAGCAGCUGCAGGCGGCGCAGAACCUGCGGUUUGAGGAUGUGCCGGCGCUCCGGGCCUUCCCGGGUCUGAAGGAGCGUCUGAGGCGCAAGCAGCUGGAGGCCGGGGACACCGUCCUGGACCAGCUGGGAGAGCGGCUAGCUGCCCUCCUCAAGGUGCGUGACGCUGUCAGCAGCCACGUGGGACAAGUGCUUCAGGUCUACGAGCAGCACGCAGACGCCAUCGGCAUUGACGCUGUCCUGCAGGCCUCGGCGGCGAGCCCCUCUGUGGCUGACAUGUUGGAAUGGCUGCAAGACAUUGAGAGACAUUACCGAAGUUCGUACCUGAAGAGAAAGUACCUCCUGUCCUCAAUCCGUUGGGAAGACCUGGCAAGCAUCCAAGCUUUGCCCGCAGCCUGGGACCGGAUUUCGGAAGAUGAACACCCAGACUUGGUCCCAGACAUCCUGCUGACUGUGUCCUUCUUUCUGGAAGAGUAAGGAAGCCGUGUGAUUAUCUGGAGACCAGAGGGACACAGUUGAAGACCACCAGUGCCGCACUCUGCUAUUUCUUAAGAAAUACCGAUAUUGCAACCGAGCUUAUUUGAAAGACGGUCUACAGCCUAAGGACUGGCUCUUGGGAGAAUUGUUGGGGCUUCUCCCUGCCAGGUCACGGCUGAGGGUACGCGGGCCACACCUCGCUCUUUCUAAGGCUCCGGGGAUGGGUGGAGGCAGAGAGAUGCAGGAGAGGCACUGAAGAUCACCCAGGACAGAAGCAGCAGCCACAGAAGUGGUAAGGAAGGACAGAUGAGUGGCACCGCCGUUGGCAUCACCCAAAGCUCUGAGCCUAGUUGGCACCAAGCCCUGGUUUGGUGUACUUGUGUUCAUACCUGAUUCUUUGAAGAACAAGAAAGUUACUUUGAUGAUUUAAAGAAAUAAGGGUGAUGUUGAUAGAAAAGAGUAAUUGUUUUCCAAGUGCAAUAUAGCUCCUUUUCAAGCCAGUUUCAAUUCCCAGAGCCUACCACCAGGGGGAGGUGGUGCAGCAUGAAUGAUUCUGAAUGCUGUCCUCUGUUGCUUACUAUGUGAGAGGAAGUGGGGAUAGUGGGACUCUUAUUAUAAAAUGAUGAGUUUUAUGACCAAUGCUGGCAGCUGACUUGCCACAUUUCUCUGAUCUUGGAAUAGCUGCAGGGGUGGGGGGCCCAAGCCUAGAGUCAGUGAUCAGGUUUUUCGAUGUGUUUUCGUCACAGAGAUGAAAAAUAACUGAGAAAGGUUUGCAGCACAACCAGGGAAAGAUCUAACUCAGUGAUUCUCAAGCUUUAAGGUGCACAUAAGUCCCUGGUGUCUUGUUAAAAUUUAGAUUCAUAUUCUGUAGUUCUGGGGUGAGGUUCUGGAUUCUGGAUAUCUAAUGAGGUUCCAGGUAAUGUUGAUGCUGAUGAUCCAGGGACAAGACUGAGUUGAAGCGAUUUGAAUUGUGAUACGAUAAUAAAAGUGUUGUAACGGAGCUAAAAACAGAAUGCUCUGGGGAAGAGAGGCGAUAACUCACUGUGAGAAGACUUCAUAGUGACGGCUCAGUUGGGCUUGAGGCUCAUUUUCCUGGGGCUAGGAGAGGGCUGCAGGGCAUUCCAUGCACAGGGGACGGGCAAAGCAACAUGCUGAGUGCCCGGUGUUGUGCUUGUUGCUUUAUACAAAAUAGAUAUUGAUUGAAAAGUUCUCCCCCAGUUACUCAGUCUCUUUCCUUGAGGCAGCCAGUGUUUAAUGAUUCUGGCAUAUCCUCCCCAAAAUACUCCUCGCCUCUGUCAGUGCAGUGGUGGGUAACCUCUAAGACAACCCGGAACAAUCUCACGCCCGUGGACAUCUCCUCCCCGUCAAUGUGGGCUGGACUCCCAGACCUACUUCUAGGGAAGAGAAUACUGCGGACAUGGUGGGAUGUCACUUCUGAAACUAAAUUAUGAAAAAGACUGCAACGUCCCUCUUGGGUGAUGUCUCCCCAUCUCUUGGACCCCUCGUCCUGGGGCAAGUCAGUUGUGAUGCUGGGGCAACCUGUGGAGAGUCCGGGUGAGAGACUGAAGCCUGCCAGCAGCCACGGGAGCGAGCUUGGAAGCAGAUCCUCUCCUUCAGGUGAGACCACAGCCCAGCUAACUGCCCGACGACACCCUCCUGAGGACCACACCAGAGGCAAGCAGCUAAGCUGUGCCCAGAUUCCUGACCCAUGAAAACAUAAUAAAUGUCUGAAGUCAUUAAGUGUUGGGUUCCACCGCAGUUGUUAACGAAUACAAUAAGCAAAUAUGUUUCUGUGUCUUCUCCAUAAUUUUACACAAAUAGUAAAGUACAGGCCCAGUUUUGUGCCUUGUUUUUUCUAAA